GAAUUCAACAUGGCCGACUUUCGGGUCCGGAUAAUACCUAAAUUGUAAAGAUUCGAAGGGUAACAAGAUCUUUAGAAACUUGCUAUGGAUAAGUUCGUCAUUCGAACUAAACGUUCUCCUAGACCUGACCGGAAAAUUACCGAGACGGCGAACAGGAAGAAGCAAUCAACGAUUGAAAGCCUAGCGAGUGUGGUUGUAGUGGAAGAAAUUCAGCGUCUCAAGCUUGAAUUAGAGAAUGAAGUUUCCACACCAGAGACAAUUUUGUCAGCACUAAAAGUCUUGGGCAAAAAGAAUUUGUCAAAAGAAGUGUUAAUGUCCACCAAAGUUGGACACACAGUAAAUCGUCUGCGACGGCAGGGAAGUACUGAGGAGAUAAGGCAACAAGCAAAGGUUGUAUUCAGGAGAUGGAGACAGUUUGUAACAGACUUGGAGAAGGAGAAACCCUUGAUAGAGGUUCGCUGUGACAAGAAGACUGAAGCAUUAAGAGGAAAAGGGAGGCAACUGAUUUCUGAUGCUCUGCAAAUGACACCAUCAGAAAAUUUACCAGAACUUAUUGAGAGAACUGUGUUCCAUACUUAUGGUAGACUUAUAAAUAAUACCUACAAAAGGAAGAUGCGUUCAUUGGUUUUCAUCCUUAAACACAGGGAUUCCAUCCGAGAGAAGGUUGUCACUGGAGAAAUAUCAGUCAAGAAGCUUGUUUCAUCCUCUGUAGAGCAGCUCACCUAAAAAAUUUACAACUUGGUCGUUUAUCAUGUUGGACAAACAGUAUUUAUAUUUAUGUUGAAUAAACACACAAUUUUUUUAAUAAUGCAGGACUUGGACAAAGGGAAUAUAUC